ACAGUUAGCAAACUUACCGGUGUUGUUACAUGGCAACCGUCAAAGCUGACAAAACUGACAGACGGCUUGUUUUCUGCACUUUCAGUCACAAAUAACAUCUCACAACACACCAAAGAGAAUGAUCAAGAGUUUGCCCCAAGAUGUUCAAGCAAAGCUGCGCUCUGGUGUUGCUAUUUUCUCAUUGCAGCAAUGUUUGGAGGAGCUCCUAUUGAACAGCAUUGAUGCGGGAGCAACAUGUGUGGCUGUCAAAAUAGACAUAGAAGCAUGCAAGCUGCAGGUGAUCGACAAUGGCUCAGGGAUGUGCCAGGAGGACAUGGAGAGAGUGGGAUACCGAUACAACACAAGCAAAUGCAGCUCGCUGGAGGAUCUGGAUAAUCUCAGAUUUUAUGGGUUCAGAGGGGAAGCGAUUUCCAGUAUUGUCUCCCUUGCAGAAAUGGUUGAAAUGUCAUCUAGGACUAAGCUGUCGGUGAAAACAUACGUUAAAACCUUUAAUGAAGCAAAUGCAUCGGAUGUUUUAGAAGCUCAAACUGUUCGUCCCUCUGCAGGGACGACCGUGUCCGUCUACAAUCUCUUCCACAACAUGCCAGUCCGAAGAAAGAGAAUGGAUGCUGUUUUAGAAACCGAACGCAUCCGUCAGAGAGUGGAGGCCAUAUCUCUGAUGCACCCAUCUGUGUCAUUCACAGUGAAAAAAGAAAAUUCGGCUCACAUGAUGGUGCAGCUCUCUAAAACAAGCAGUACCUAUUACAGGUUUGUGCAGAUUCAUGGCUUGAAUCGAGCCCAAAAGCUCAGAGAGGUCAAUUACGUCCAUGAGCAGUUCGAAAUGACUGGUUAUAUCGGUCGUGAGGGACAUUACAAUAACAGCUUGCAAUUCCUAUUUGUAAAUGGGAGGCUUCUUCUGAAGACAUGCAUUCAUAAAACACUCAACAGCCUUCUGAAGAGAGUUAGCAGUGUUGCGAGACAAAACAACAGCCCAACCGCAUAUUCGUUAACAUCGAGCCCCAAACAAAGAGGCGGAUGUGAUCUCCAUGGCGUCUAUGUUUUAAAUAUCAAAUGCCAUUACUCAGAGUAUGACAUAUGCCUCGAACCAGCCAAGUCACUGAUAGAGUUCAAAGACUGGGAUAAUGUACUCAUCUGCAUUGAAGAAGGAGUAAAAGCAUUUCUUACUAAGGAAAAUCUGGUGACAGAGUUUUCCAUGAAUGGCAGCGAUGGUCCAUCAAGUAGUCCAUUGAGGAAUGCAAAGACUCCUGUGGCAGAACAAAACCUCAGUGCUGAGCAAACGCGUGAAAAGUGUGACGCACUGACUGAGAAAAAGGAUAAUGCAAGUGGUUUGGAAGUCUCUGGUGGUCAAAUGUUGGAGCAAGUGUCAAUAAACACCGAAACCUUUUCCAGUGAAGAAUCAGACGCUGAAAAAGCUCUUCAGGGUGGCGAUUUGCGCUUGCAGACCACAUUUGCAGUUGCUACAGAAAUGAAUAACAAUCGCAAAGAAGAUGAAAAUGCAAUUUGUCCUAAUAUAAGCCAUAAUGAUUUGCCAGUUACUGUUAACAACAACAACAUAAAUUUGAUGGGAAGCAAAAAACACAAGAUUUCAAUUCUGGAUGUAAAAGGGGCGCAAGAUAGUUUAAAAAAAUUCUGCUUCCCAAAUAAAAUUUCUCCAAAAAAGAGAAAGCUGCCAUUAGAUGACAUUCAAGAAGACGAACAUGUUUUUUAUGGUACCAGCUCAAAGACUUGCAGAGCUGCACCAUGUCAUAAAUUAACUCUGUCUUUUGAAACAGGAUCUCUUGACAAGUUCAAAAGGUUGUUUGGGAAGGAUCCUGAAAAAGAACAACCAAGUACAGAAAAAACAAGCCAUUUACAACCAGAAUCCUCUAGAAAAUCUAAUGACUGCUUUGUAGGAUCUACUUUGUGCUUAGAUGAUAUAGACAAGCCCUUAUUGAGGAACAUUUCAGAUGCUUAUUCUCCAUGUAGUUCUGAAUGUUAUGCAGAAUCUUCACCAUGGAACGAGGGAGAAAAAAUAUCAUUGGCUGCCAAAUGUUCCUACUUCAAACAUGAUAAAAUGGCACUCAGAGAGGUCAGCAGAGAUACAGACUUUCUUCCCAUGGAAACGUUGUCUUUUCCAGUUGUACAAGACUCAAACUUUAAAGAAAAGUCCCAUGAAUUAGAAAAAGAAAAUGUAUUAUUUGGAUCCUUUGGAACUGUUGAUUCGCUUGUCCAUGAUUCUUCUGAAGACAACCCAGUCUUCGCUCUGAUUGAGCAGGACCCAACAACAAUACCUUCCUCAAAUUUAGAAGACCCUCACCUCUGCAACAAGAAUGUGCCUUCAUUUUUGGGAAGUGUGAACAGUGUUGAUGAAGCCAGAGUAACCUCUCUGCAUGAUCCUCUGUGCAGCAACACAGGAAAUGAAGGUCAGAAUACAAAUGACAGUGUUGAAACAAUCCCAAUGGCCAGCAGCUGGCUGGCUCAUUAUGACAGUUGCUUAGGAAAGCUAGUUUACAUAAACCAAGUUACAGGGCUCAGCAAAUACGACUCUCCUCCUGUGGAGGAGACUCAAGUGUCAUGUACCACAGAUGUCACUAACAUGGCGGUCAGUGUUAUUUCAAGAACAGGAUUUGAGUACAGGUGUUAUCCAUUUCACACAGAUAUUGUACUUCCCUUUCUGCCCAAACCCAGAGCAGAAAGAGCUCUUAACUCUGGGACAGACAGCAGAGAGGAUGCCCAAGGUCCCGAUUCAUUGUCGACUUUAUUCUCAAAAUGGAGUAACCCGGUGUUCAUACGGCCUCCAGAGGUUUCUGUGGAUGUAACCAGCGGUCAAGCUGAGAGUCUUGCUGUAAAGAUACACAAUAUUCUUUUCCCCUACCGGUUUACCAAGAAUAUGAUCCACACAAUGAGAGUCAUCAAUCAAGUGGACAAGAAGUUCCUUGCUUGUUUGAUAAAUACAACAGAACAGGAUGUGUCUGAAAGCAGUACAAAUGAAGGAAAUCUUCUAGUGUUGGUUGAUCAACAUGCUGCCCAUGAAAGAGUUCGACUGGAGGGGUUGGUAACAGACUCUUAUGAGGAUGACCCAGACACACCUGGAAAAAAGAGACUGUGUUCUUCAAGUGUAACCCCACCCUUGGAGAUUAAUGUAACAGAGGAGGAAUUGAGACUUCUGAGGUCUUGUCAGGCCUUCCUGAGGGGUCUUGCUUUAGAUGUAAGGUUCCCAAAGAGUGAGUCACUGAAUGUGUUGUUGGAGAGACUUCCCACAUGUUUCAUCGAGAAAGAAAGCACAGAGCUCCGCCGUGGAAGGCGGUCAGUAAUUAAAACCAUUGCAGAGGACUACCUGCGAGAACACAUUGAGCUUCUCCACUCAACAGGAAGAGCUAGAGGAACUCUGCCUCUGACAGUACAUAAUGUUCUCGCUUCACAAGCGUGUCAUGGAGCAAUUAAGUUCAAUGACAUUUUGAGUAAAGAGGAGUGCUGUAGUCUGGUGAGCUCGCUCUCCUCUUGUCAUCUUCCUUUCCAGUGUGCUCAUGGAAGACCUUCCAUUGUCCCUCUGGCAGAUCUUCACCACUUAGAAGAUCAACAGGAUCUUCCCAAACCAAAUCUGAGGAAAUUGAGAAGGAUGUACAAGUCGUGGAAGCUUUAUGGAAAAGAUCAAUCUCUUGCUCAAAACAAAGCAUGAAUUUAUCAACAGAAAAACCUCCUGCAAUUAUUAAAUUAUUUAUUUUAGAGUCCACCUGCUUCUGUUUAUUGCUGGACUGCUUUUAUUUUGUUACACUUUUUGGAGCAUACAGUUGCUGCCAACAAAAACUGCUCUGCGAUAGAGCAGCCAAUAAUAAAGGACUAUACUCG